UGUUAUUGUUUUCAUCGAUUGGAAUGAGAACCGUCACUAAGAGAUGGAGACACUUUCGAUGAAAACAACACAUGUGAUGUUCAGUUUUUAAAAUUUAAAUCUUUUUGUCUCUUUAAACUUAAUUGGUUCAAUUGUUUACUUUUUGAGUUGACCAUGAAUUCUGAUGAUUCUAUUGGUGAUAAAACUAGACCACGUUUUGGGAAUCGCUUUCUGACCAAUGAGAACGACGUCUUCAAACACAAUGCUUGGGAUCAGGUUGAUUGGACUGAAGAGCAAUUAGCUGAGGUGGAUGAAAAAAUAAAGUGCAAUUCAGCUCAUCGAGUUGAUGAUGAUUCGAAAAGCAAAUAUCUUCUGAAAGCCGAUGAGUAUUGGGAUAAGUUUUACCAAACACAUCAGGAUAAAUUUUUCAAAGAUCGACAUUGGUUAUUUACUGAAUUUCCAGAAUUAUUGUCAAAUGAUGUGAAUGUUAUUUUUGAAAUCGGUUGUGGUGUUGGUAAUACUAUUUUCCCUCUUCUCGCUCUCAGAGAAAAUCCAGAAACUAUGAUUUACUGUUGUGACUUUUCACCAGUUGCUAUUGAUUUAUUAAAGAGCAACAAUUCAUUUGAUGAAAGUCGAUGUAAACCAUUUGUCUGUGAUGUUACUCAAGAUCAGUUAUCUUUACCCUUCGAGGAAUCAAGUUUAGAUGUGAUUGUUUCCAUUUUCACAUUAUCAGCUAUCCCUCCAAAAAGUAUACCUGAAACAAUCAAGAAAUUAUCUCGAUACCUGAAACCUGGAGGAUUGUUUCUUUUUCGUGAUUAUGGUAAAUACGAUUUAGCUCAAGUAAGAUUUAAAAAAGGUUCUUGUAUGGAUGACAAUUUUUAUGUUCGAGGCGACGGAACAAUGGCCUAUUUCUUCACACCAGAAGAAGUCGGCAAACUUUUCGUCGAUUCUGGUUUAGAAAAGGUAUCGUUAAUCACUGAUAAACGGUUGCAAGUUAAUCGCGGUAAACAAUUGAAAAUGUAUCGAGUUUGGAUUCAAGCUAAAUAUCGUAAACCUGAUUAACUUUGAUUGAAAAUUUUCCAACAAUUUUCACAUAAAAUUAAAUCAACAAUCAACUUGCAAAUG